AUGACAGCUCAACCUCUAGAAGGUCUCAUGCAGAAGAACGGCGAAUCAUCAACAUCUCACGGGGUCUACCUCCCCACCGACCCUGCUCCACCCCGACCAUGUCUUACAACCGACUCUGCAGUCGCUCAAUGGCAUACCUCGCCUGGAUUCCAGGCGUUCUGGGGAUGGAUCAAGAGACGCUCUGAGAGGAUCAAGGGGAAGAAUAUCUUAAGAGGAAGAUAUGAGGGGGAAAGCCAGGGCAUCAAAAUCCUGAUGGACAUGUUAGAUCAGAUGAUGGACUGGGUAGAGGAAGUACCGAUCCAGCCUCAGAGUAAUCAAAGGUUUGGUAAUUUGGCUUUCCGAAGCUAUAUCAAACUGGUUGAAGAGCGAUUACCUUCACUCUUCAGCUCUCCUGAUAUGCCCUCUACACUACCUCCCCAGAUACUACCUCUCUUACUGGAAUCACAUGCUUUCGGUCAUCCAGUCAGAAUAGAUUAUGGGACAGGGCAUGAGCUAGCAUUUGUCAUGGCUUUAUACACCUGCGUGAUAUCUGGAUGGAUAGGCGGUGAAGGGGAGAAAGAGGAAGAGGAGGAUGAACUGAUAUUGAGGGUAUUUGCAAGAUACCUUGAUUUGACAACAUUGCUUCAAAAGACCUAUAGGUUAGAACCAGCUGGUUCACACGGUGUAUGGGGAUUAGACGAUUAUUGUUUCUUACCGUAUUUAUUCGGAUCAGCUCAACUAUUAGACGGCUCCCUCACGCCCACUCAGUCCCUAUCCCUCGCCUCCACGUACCAAUCCCCCUCAGAGAUCAAAGAUUUCUACACCCUCUCUUUAUACCAUCUCUCCCUCUUCAAAUCCGGUGCGGCCUUCUCCGAGCAUUCACCUUUACUCUGGUCUCUCUCCCUGAUGAAAGAUUGGGUAAAGAUCCACGGUGGGCUAAGAAAGAUGUUCAUGGCUGAAGUGGUGGGUAAGAAGGUCGUCGUCCAAGGUUUAUGGAUUGGAGGAUGGUUAUGGGGUGAUGAUUUACCUGAAUCAACUCAAAGGGAUGAUGUUGUCUCGACUGGAAUAGGAGGAAGAGCAUGUUUGGAUGGGAGUACAAAAGCUCCCUGGGCUAGGUGA